AUGACCGUCACCUACACGUCCCGUGUGGCCACCGCGCGCUUCGGGGGCUUCUCGCGGCUGCUGCUGCUGUGGCGCGGGAGCAUCUACAAACUGCUCUACCGGGAGCUGCUCCUCUUCCUCACCGCCUACCUGGGGCUCAGCCUGGCCUACCGGUUCCUGCUGUCCGAGGAGCAGCGGCGCCUCUUUGAGAAGCUGGUGCUGUACUGCGACAAAUCGGCCGAGCUCAUCCCCGUGUCCUUCGUGCUCGGUUUUUACGUGGCGCUGGUGCUGGAGCGCUGGUGGGGGCAGUUCCGGACGGUGCCGGCCCCGGACGGGCUCAUGGUGGCCGUGGGCAGCAGCGUGAGGGGCUCGGACGCGCGGGGGCGGCUCCUGCGCCGGACGCUGCUGCGCUACGGGAGCCUGGCGGCGCUGCUGGUGCUCAGGGCGGUCAGCACGCCCGUGUACAAGAGAUUUCCCACCACUGACCACCUGGUACAGGCCGGGUUCCUGACGCGCGAGGAGCGGCGCCGGCUCGAGGCUCUGCGCUCUCCCUACAACAAGUUCUGGGUGCCCUGCGUGUGGUUCGGGGCGCUGGCGGGGCGGGCGCGGCAGGAGGGGCGCAUCGGGGACGACUGCGCGCUCAAGCUGCUCAUGGAGGAGCUGAACCGGUUCCGGGCCCACUGCAGCCUCCUGUUCCACUACGACUGGAUCAGCGUCCCCCUGGUGUACACACAGGUGGUGACCAUCGCCGUUUACACCUUUUUCCUCACCUGCCUGGUGGGGCGGCAGUUCCUGGACCCCGCCCAGGGCUACCCCGGGCACGAGCUGGACCUGGGCGUGCCCGUGUUCACCCUGCUGCAGUUCUUCUUCUACGUGGGCUGGCUCAAGGUGGCAGAGCAGCUCAUUAACCCCUUCGGGGAGGAUGACGACGACUUUGAGACCAACACCCUGAUCGACCGCAACUUCCAGGUGUCCAUGCUGGCCGUGGACGAGCUCUACGGGGGGGUCCCGGAGCUGGAGCGGGAUCGGUUCUGGGACGCCGCCGUUCCCCGCCCCCCCUACACGGCCGCGGCCGCGCCCCCCCCGCGCCGCCCCUUCCGCGGCUCCGCCUUCGACGUCACCCUGGCCAAGGAGGAUUUGCAGUUCCAGCCCCUGGAGGAGCUCGGGGACCCCCCGGGAGAGCCCCUGGACCCCCCCCCCGAGAGCAGCCCCGAGCCCCCCCCGGGCGAUGGGGACCCCCAGGAGCGGUGGCUGCUGCACCCCAAGGCCGAGCUGGGGCUGUGA